AUGCCGUGCACCAGCGAGUGGACGCAGACGCGCGACUUGCUCCAGCUGUCGCUCUCGGAGAUGGCGGACAAGCUGCCCACCGCGGAGAAGAUCUUCCGGAGACCGCCGGUGAGGCUCAUCCACGACAUCGGCGUGGUGAUGGCCCAGGAGCGCGACUGCUUUGCGCCCUGGAAGGUGCCGCCGGAGCUGCUGGAGUUCGGGGGCCUCAGCCGAGAUCAGAAGGUGGCGUUCUUCCAGGAGCUCAUCGAUCGGACGAACCAGGUGGGCCUCGGCGGGGCUGGCAUGGACGAGCUGAAGGUCACCCCGCAGGACAUCCUGAAGGGCAACAACUGCGAAGAGACGAACCGCCUGCUGCAGGUGCUGGCCUACCUGGGCCUCCGGGCACAGCGGCUCAGCGCCGGGCUGGGCUCUGGCGGCGGCCUGCUGGACCUGGCGCCUCAGUGGAUCGAGACGUGGAGGCUGCGGGUCUUCACGGAGGAGGGGGGCUGGCAGUGGUACGGGGCGGACCAGGAGGCCGGCGGCGCGCACGUCUUCGGCGGCGCGUCCGACGCCGCCGGCACGCACUUCGUCGGCCUCCCCGCCGCCGUGCCCGCCAGGAGGAUACGCGUGCACCCCGUGACGUGGCACGGGCACGCUGCACUCAGGUGCGAGGUCCACGUCGUCCUCAAGGAGGGCACGGGCUCCGCCGGGGCCGCGCCCGCCGGCCCGGGCCACGUCAGAAACCCGUCCGAGCUGAAGGGCUGGACGUCUAUCACCUGUGACGCCAUCGUCGAGGUCCAAAAAAGCAUCGAGGAGAGCAGGCAGAAGAAGCAGCUGGAGGAGGACGAGAAGGCCGCGGCCGUGCUGGGGCAGAAGGACGCCGCCGAGCAAGAGCGGAACCAGCUGGCGGAGCAGCUGAAAUCGGCCCAGCAGAGGUACGAGGAGCUGGAAGCGCAGCGCCUCGCAAGCGAGCAGCGCGCCGUGGCCGCUGAGACGGCCUUGUUGCAGAUGCAGGUGGAGCGGGACCGGCUCCAGUCGAGGACGGAGCAGCUGGAGACCGAGAUCGUGGAGACGAACGAGGCCAAGAGGGCCAUGGACGAGCAGUGCGAAGGCCUGAAGGAGCAGUGCGGGGAGCUGCGCGCGGAGAAGGCGGACCUCGAGACCCAGCUGCAGGUGAUGACGGAGGAGCGGGACGUGGCAAGGGCAAAGGAGGAGGAGUAUUUCGAGUACUGCAACUCGAAAGACGAGGAGCUUGUGGACACGAACAACGGAUACGUCUACCUCACGGAGCGCUUGCAGGAGAAGGAGGAGGAGAUGGAGCAGCUCACCGAGGAGGUGCGAAAGUUGCAGGAAGGCAACGAGGAGCUGCACGAUCGUGUUCAGAAGCUGGCCAGCGAAAACUUGGACAAUUUGGGCGAGCAGCAGAAGCUCCGCACGAAGUUGGCUGAGGAGGAGAGAGGUCACAAGGCGGCGCAGGAGCGCUACAUGAAGCUUCUGAAGAGCAACAUGGGGUCGGGCGACGAGCGGAACUCGCCAAUGACUGCCUCGACGGACGCAACAAAGGUGUCAGAGGAUUCGCGAGGGCCUGCCGAAGGAGAGAAGCUGUACGAGGACGAUUUCGAAGCCGAGUAG